AUGCUGAUGCAUGCCUGCUGGACACAGAGAUUGACUAUCUAAGUGGGAGGCUCGACGCCGUUCAGAGAAAAAGAGACGAGAUCACGUCAAUGGCGAAAACAUUUCAGAACUUUCUUUCUCCCGUACGUGCCAUGCCAUCAGAGAUCCUCAUGGAUAUUUUCAAGAAUGUGGCUCGCGCCUCGGAGGUGGAGGGAGAGUGUGGUGAAGGAAGCAGCCUGGGACGCUCGGCAGCGUCUGCCACAGCUGGCGGGUCGUGGCAUUGGCGUGUAGAGAGCUGUGGUCUACGAUCUCCAGUUGGCAUUUCAGAUCACAAUACCAAGAAUGGCCAACACCUCCCGGUCCUGUUGCAAAAAGUGCUUGAACGUGCUGGAAACAGACUGCUCGAUGUUUCGCUCACGCUCGAGCUGACACAUGGUGAUGGUAUCAGUGAGGAAGAUGCUCUCACAGACGCGCAACUGGGACGCUAUUAAGAUGCUCUUCAAUGAAUCUCCUCGGUGGCUCAGCGCCAAUUUAUCGAUUCCGCCAGGUGCUGUGGUAGAUUUGCUAUACCCACCUCCUCCUUUGCCCGCCCUCGAAUCCCUCCGACUCCAAACGAAACAGCGGUGGGCGCAACAAGCGUACAAUGGGCCCGAUAUCUCCCUGUGGUGUCCCCGUCUAACUUCGCUCAGUCUUGUUGGGAUUCCACCGACAUGCAUGUCUGUGCCUUGGAAUUCGCUCUCUCACGUGUCCGUCCAGAUGUACGAUAACGUGCCCACCCUCUCCCAGGAUUACGCACUUCGGUACCUCGCGUCGCUCGAGCCCACUGUCCUCCAGACGCUCUCCUUCUCCUCUCUGUACCGCCGCGAACACCCGCUCUCCAUUGGCGAGCGGAUCACGUUCCCCUUUGUGGACACCCUACGAACGUUCAACCCCACUAUACUGAAUAACAUCGUCCUUCCUGCCCUGCGUGACGUCCACAUCGGGCCUCCAGAGCACGGGCGUGGCACCCCGGGUCGUCGGUACAGCACCGCCCUGCUUCCCGCCCUCGACGAUAUGCUGCGCCACUCGCGCUGUUUCGACGGGAUCACGCGUCUUGUGCUCGAGUACGCCAUCCCCAACCAGGCACUCAUAGAUAUGCUCGUGUCUCUCCCCAACUUGGCCUGCCUUGUGCUGACCUUUGGAGACUCGUGGUCAGCAGAGAUGGAGGCGACUAUGGCGAUGCUGGUGAAGAUGUUGGAUAUGGGGUUCGUGGGGCGGUUGGAGGAGCUGGAGAUGCGGAAUACGUUCGAGGUGCGGUAUUUGGGUGAGGAGCUUGUGCAUAUGGCGGAGCGGAGGUGGGGGUUUUGGGGCGGGGUGAGGCUGAGGAGGUUGAGGUUGGGAGCUGCAGGGAUACAAGAAUGCCAGUGUGCUGGAUGCGUUGUGUAGGCGGAUGUGCGUUUUGAGAGACGAAGGAAUGGAUGUUGUCGUUUCUACUCUGGUGGGAACGUCGGGGCCGGAAGAAUUCUUGGUUGGUGGUCAGUAAUAGUCACAGAAAUUUGUAUCUGAUAUAUAGGUAUAGUAGUAGUCAAUGAACAGUGCUAGCGAAUUGUCCUACCAUUGCUGGCGUUAUUGGUG